AUGCAAAAGAGUAAACAGAGUACGGGAGAUCAGAACCGAGAGCCUGAGGUCAACGGCGCCGACGAGAACCCGCGAAAACGGCCGGCGACCCGAGCGAAGGGACCGAGCGCCCGAUUUCCCAGUCCUUCUUCUUCCAUCUUGCUCGCUGGUCGUUUCCUUCCAACAAUGUGUUGAUCGAUAUAGAGGUUAUCCAAAAUCUUGUUUGAUUAUCUUCAAGAACUUUCCCUUAUUUCUUCAAUUCUCACGUUUCAAUUGAGCUAACUUCUCGAGAAUUUCUUACAAAAGCGCCGAAAUCCAUUUUCUAUUUUUUUUUCUCGCUGUUCGCUUCUUUUCGUCAUUCUGAUAACCAAUACAGAUUUCCUCUAAUCUCUGUUUUGAUCAUCAUGAUGACUCAUGUUUUCCUCUUUUUUUUCCUGUCUCGCGAAGCUUUUUUCUACUUAUAUUUUUAUCAGAAAGAUCUCCAUUUGACACUUUUCAUGUGGAAUUUAAAUUCGUUCAAAAGUUUUUCGACUGCCUUAAAGAAUUAUCAAAAACGGAUUUCUCCGUUUCUUUUUUUAUUAGAACAUGAGAACGUUAAUCACAAGUUUCGUUCGAGAGUUUUGUUUUUUUCUAUCGUCUUGAUUUCUUUUUUUAAAUAAUUCGACAUAUUUUUUUGAAUUUUUUUCAAAAAGUCCUUGAUGUUUCUCUCAUAUUUUGCUCGUUUUUUUGAUCAAUAUUUUGAUAAUAAUUUUUUUCAGUAAAUAAAAAAACUGUGAUGUCUGCAACUGGCUUGACCCCAGCUGAUCGUACCGCCCGCUCCAUGAAUCGCAAUCCCGUUGCCAGUGCGUUUUGUUUUUGUUUGAUUUUUUUAUUCAAAAUUUAAUGGCUGGUUCAUUUCAAAAAACUUGCUCCAAAACAAGGAAUAGUACUAAACCGAAAUGGCGCAUAACAAGUUCGCGCCUAACAAUUUUGAAGCAAAUUCGAGGUGCCGAUGAUUUUUUUUCGCACUUCGAAUCAUGUUCUCUGUCCCUAAUGAGCACGUCUUGAAGAAAUAAAAAAAUUCAUUGACAUCGAUUGCAGAUGAGAACAACGGAGGCAGAAUCUCGCGUCCUCGGAAACGUGCGGCCUCAUCUCAUAUUGGUGGACCAAGUUCGAAUGAGAUCAACACCUCGUCGCACAAGCGAUUCCGUUCAUCACCAAGAGAUGAUAUUUGCGAAGAGGUGAGUAUGCAUAGUGAACCAUUUUUCAUAGAAGGCCUCAUUCAGAAGUCGAAGGCUAAAAAACCGAAAACCCCAGAGCUGGAUCUCCCGGGAGCUUCGCCGACUCACACUAACGUCAAUUUAUUUGAGGUUCCUUGAACGAUGUUUUUGCUGUCCGGACUUCUCGAAGAUCGAAAUAACCGACUAAGCUGUUUCUUUCACUCAAAAUUAGGCCAUGAAUGUUGGUGAUCAUCUAUAUUUUUAUCAAGUGUUCAUAGUGAGAUGAACAAUAACAACACCGAUCAUUUCCAACCGGCCAACUCAAAAUAAAACAUCCUUUUUUGAGAAGAAAUUCAUAGGAGAUUUGCAAAUAUUGAUUAGUAUCGGACAUAUCCUAAAACUGAUUUGCAGGAUGAAAACGACGACGCGACGGAGCCAAUGUAUGAGCAUGGCCUCCCGAUCUGUGAACCUGCUGUAAAGUCCGGCUACCGUAAAUACUCACACUACGUAAUAUUCCUCUGAAUUUUUUUUUUCUGAUUUGAAGCUUUCGACAAUAGAGAUUUAUUUCCAAAACUCAUUUUUCAGAAAGACGCGCGGAAGGUUCGCAGAUGGGUUAAGAGCGGUCGGCAAGCCUUGAGAUCGUCGUGUGAUUCUGGACAGGACGAUGUUCCUUUCGAAGCGCCAUUUAUGGCAGGUCUGUAAUGUUUUUUGAAACUGAAAUAGAAUUAAAAAUAGAGACGCAUUCAAAACUCAAAAUGGUAGACGGUCAGCUCAAUUUUCACCUCAAUAAGCCUUAAAAAUUUAAAACUGUCCUUUCUCCUGUGCUUUUCUUACGGAAGGUGAAAAGAGUGUAUCGCGAGAAAAUGAGGUGCAGAAGGCCUUUUUAUCAAACUCCCUUUUGAUUUUUUCGUUUUUUCUUUUCAUAACCAAAGUCUUUCAGAAAAUGGAUUCGAUCUGCCCGCCGGGACGUCGUCAGAGACUUACUACGAACCCCAGAACACCAACAAUGAAGCUUAA